AUUCUUUUGUUCGCACAAAUAUGGCCGAUGUCCUGUGUGAAUUCAAUUGAGCCUGAGGUGACCCUUUUCGGAGUAUGCCAAAUGGAAGAUGACAAGGGAAACUGUUCGGAUUUUUCUGUCAAAUGGUUUUACAAUUUCAAAUCUGGUCGAUGUAAUCGGUUCUGGUAUAGUGGUUGUGGUGGUAAUAAAAACCGCUUUGACGAUGAGGAUUCUUGCUUGAGUCGAUGUGGACAAAAUGGAACAAAAACAGUGUCAAACUCUGUCUGUGAACAGCCAAAGGUCAAGGGUCCAUGUAGAGCAUUUUUCAGAAGAUAUUAUUUUAAUGAAAAAGAUUGUACAGAGUUUGUAUACGGAGGAUGCGGUGGAAAUGAAAACAAUUUCGAAACUCAAGAACAGUGCGAGGUCACAUGUAAAAAUGACAUCAACAACACAAAAGAAGAGGAGCCUGAGGUGACCCUUUUCGGAGUAUGCCAAAUGGAAGAUGACAAGGGAAACUGUUCGGAUUUUUCUGUCAAAUGGUUUUACAAUUUCAAAUCUGGUCGAUGUAAUCGGUUCUGGUAUAGUGGUUGUGGUGGUAAUAAAAACCGCUUUGACGAUGAGGAUUCUUGCUUGAGUCGAUGUGGACAAAAUGGAACAAAAACAGUGUCAAACUCUGUCUGUGAACAGCCAAAGGUCAAGGGUCCAUGUAGAGCAUUUUUCAGAAGAUAUUAUUUUAAUGGAAAAGAUUGUACAGAGUUUGUAUACGGAGGAUGCGGUGGAAAUGAAAACAAUUUCGAAACUCAAGAACAGUGCGAGGUCACAUGUAAAAAUGACAUCAACAACACAAAAGAAGAGGCUUGUAAUCCUGGAUGGUAUGGUAAAGGAUGCAAAGAAAAAUGUGGACACUGUGAAGGUAAUGGGACGUGCCAUCAUGUUAACGGAUCCUGUCCUACGUUUUGUCAGCCUGGGUAUCAGCAGGGAAAAUGCAAAGAAAUUUGCAAUGAAGACUGGUAUGGCAGAGAAUGUAAAGAACGAUGCGGCUACCGUAGAGGUAACAACCCGUGUCAUCAAGUGACCGGAUCCUGUUUUGGAUUAUGUGAACCUGGGUAUCAUGGAGAUAAAUGUGAAGACAAUGUAUUUUCUAAACAUCUCGCAAAUCAGCUAAAAAUGAUUAAGUUGAUGAGAGAAUUACUUGCUUAUAGGAGACGCAGGGUUGAACUGAAAGCAAAUGGAGCAUCUCCAACUGACUUUAAAUAA